AUGCCGCCCCGGAUACCAAUUCUUUCCGCCUUGCGGCAGGGCAUGUCCGUCCCCAAGACGCCCACAGCACCGCUCUCGACAACAGCCGCCCCGCAAGCCCUUCGAGACAUCAAGAACUCCACAGCCUCGAUGCUCAGCAUCGACAGCACAAACUCGGGCAACGAGACCAACUUGGCCAGCGAUGUAUACAGGAGCAUACGAAGCAUGGGGCGCAACACGCUCGCUGGGCGCCAGCGGGUCACAGAAGACCUGAGUACAAGAUCUCGCAACGCUGACUACAUGCGCCAGCUGCCGCGUCGGUGGCGCACCGGCGACGUCUAUUCCCCCCACGACAUGAGUAUCUCCGAGGUCGACAAGUGGCGCAAGACCACGGCGCGCAAGCAGGACCUCGUGGAUCUGUUGGGACUCCGGCCCCUAGAUAUGUAUAGGAACUUCUCCGUUAUUUCCGAAUUCAUAACUCCACACGGCCGUAUAAUGCGCUCUGUAGAGACCGGCCUGAGCCCAGUCAACCAGCGCAAGAUGGCCAAGGCGAUUAGGAGGGCGAUUGGUCUGGGUUUACACCCCAGCGUACACCGACAUCCCGAACUGUUACUGAAAGGGCCAGACAAAAUGCUUGCACAACACAUAGCUACCCAGAAUAAGGCCUUGAGAGUUUAG